AUGUAUCUUCAAAUCUUUGUGCUGAUUUUUCUAAUUAAUCUUUCAAAUGUGGCUGCAAAAGAGAAUGAUACGUCAGAUGCGAAGAAAUCAGAUUCUCGGACAAUUUACGAUCAACGUCAAACAGGAAAGUAUAAUGUACAUGUGAAUAUAAAGGAUGUACAAUUCUUCAGUUUGAGUGACUCAAUUAGUAGUCUUGGCGAUUACGGUUCUUAUGAUUAUGGAGAGUAUGGGCAAGUUGAUGGCGAUGGAGACUACGAUAUUUCACAUUUGACUGUAAAUCCAAUCUUUGCAUUUCUUGGUACACAAUCGAAGCCCACAAAGCCAUCAACAACAACUCAGCCAACAACAGAAAAAGUUGAUUUUAGUAGUAGCACUCUCGUGUCACAAGAAUUAUCGUCUUCUCCUAAUAAAGAAACGACAACGAUGAAACAAGAAAUACAAACAACUGUAAAACAAGAGAACAUCUCUAAUACUUUUCUAUCAUCUACAACGGCAAAACCGGCUCUCGGACCAUUAAAACUAAAUGAAUCGAUUGAUUAUGAAGAAAUACCUGUAGAAGUCCAAUAUUAUCGUGCUAAUCACCCUAAAUUACCUUUGGCUUAUGCAUCAUUAUUACAAAAUCAUAAUAGACACGCAAUCAAUCUUAAAAGGCACCGACAACCAUCUGUGGUGCAGAUACUUGAUGGGAGACGAAACAAUAAUGUAAAAAUCGUAGAAAGUGGUGAUGAUCAAGAGCGAACAGUAAAAAUUUGUGGUCGAGGAGAAUUUCGAGAUAGCAAUGGACGAUGUAGAAUAAAAGUAAACGGCCGAAAGCAUGUUCGGGGAUUGCGUCGGGUAUUUAAUGCUCUUUCAUCAAUACUUCCAAAAUCAAAGUGA